AUGGCAGCUUUCAAUCUCACCCCCUCUGAACCUUCAUCCUUCAUCCUAAUGGGCAUCCCUGGCCUGGAAGAUGCCCACGUCUGGAUUGCCAUCCCUUUCUGCAUCUGCUACAUUUUCAGCCUGUUGGGAAAUGUCACCCUUCUGUUUAUUGUUGGCAAAGAGCAGACCCUGCACAAGCCGAUGUACCUGCUGCUCUGCAUGCUGGCGUUCACGGACAUUGCCAUGUCCACCUCCGUUGUGCCUAAGGCCCUGUGUAUAUUUUGGUUCAAUUGGAAAGGCAUUACGGUGGGAGGUUGCCUCACACAGUUGUUCUUCCUACAUGGCAGUUCCAUGACGCACUCAGCUGUCCUUACAACAAUGGCCUUCGAUCGCUAUGUUGCCAUAUGUGACCCUCUGAGAUACACCACCAUCCUCAGCAAUGCACGAAUCGCUAAGCUAGGGCUUGUGGGUUUAACAAGAGCUGUUCUCCUCAUGCUGCCCAUCCCUGUGCUCCUGAGCAGGCUGCCGUUCUGUGACAACCGCCGUAUCCCCCACACGUAUUGUGAGCACAUGGCAGUGGCAAAAAUAGCAUGUGCGGAUAUCACAGUCAACAGGCGGUAUGGCUUGGGGAUAACUUUUGUCGUCCUUGGGUGCGACCUUACACUCAUUGGCCUGUCCUACUCUCGGAUCAUCAGGGCCGUCCUCAAAGUCUCCUCCAAGGAAGCCCACCAGAAAGCCGUCAACACCUGCACUGCCCACAUCAGUGUGAUGCUGACCUCUUAUACUCCCUUCCUCUUCUCCAACCUGACACACCAGUUCGGUCAGGGAAUCGCACCCCAUGUUCACAUCAUUAUGGCCAACCUCUACUUCCUCCUCCCUCCCAUGCUCAACCCCGUCAUUUAUGGGGCCAAAACCAAAGAGCUUCGUGACACAGUGGGCAAAUACACCCGCAGAAGGUGA